UGAAAGACGUCAAAACAGUCGCCAUUGUUGAGAAUCCCCGCAAGAAAGAUGAAUCUGGAGCUCGAAACUUCGCUUGAAAUGUUCAUUGAGAACGUCCGGCAAAUCCGGAUCAUCGUCAGUGACUUCCAACCGCAAGGGCAGAACGUCUUGAACCAAAAAAUCCAAUCGCUCGUCACAAAUUUGCAGGAAAUUGACAAACUCAAGAACCAAGUGCAGGAUUUUCAUGUUCCCUUGGAAGUUUUUGACUACAUCGACCAAGGACGCAAUCCGCAGCUGUACACGAAGGACUGUUUGGAAAAGGCUCGCACCAAAAACGAAGAAGUCAAAGGCAAAAUCGACUCAUUCCGCAAGUUCAAGGCAAAUUUGAUGGUCGAAUUGAGCAAAUCUUUCCCCAAUGAGAUGAGCAAAUAUCGGGCACGUCGUGAAAUUCCCUAAAUUUUCGUAGUUUUAAGUUUUUUUGUAUCAAUUUUAAGGCAGAAAAUUAAAAAAUUUUUGACCCAAUUGUCA